AAGACAGACCAAAUCUAGUAUCUAUCUUCUUUGGUAAAAAAGAAUAUUUUUGAAAAACAACUUUACCUUUGUCUUAAAAUUCCAGAAACAUCAUUCGACGUUGAGACAAAAAAAGAAAGAGAAAGAUCGGCCUUUCAAUUCAAUUCUCUCACUUGCCCGCUAAACAGGUGCCCGCCGCUUCUCCACAUCACUGUCUUACUUGCGAUCAUUUCUUUCUAUUUGGAUUAGGGUUUAUCUAUUUGGGGAUUAUUUCUUUUGUUCCUCUUUUGAGAUUAGGGUUAGGGUUUAUUUGCUUCUGUGUAAAAGCAAAAGAAUAUAAAGAUGCAGCAGCCACCGCAGAUGAUUCCUGUCAUGCCUUCAUAUCCACCUGCUAACAUUACCACUGAACAGAUCCAAAAGUAUCUUGAUGAAAAUAAGAAGUUGAUUUUGGCGAUCUUAGACAAUCAAAACCUUGGAAAACUUGCUGAAUGUGCCCAGUAUCAAGCCCAGCUGCAAAAGAAUUUGAUGUAUUUAGCUGCAAUUGCUGAUGCGCAACCACAGGCACCAACAAUGCCUCCCCAGAUGGCUCCACAUCCUGCAAUGCAACAAGGAGCAUAUUACAUGCAACAUCCUCAAGCAGCAGCAGCAGCAGCAGCAGCAAUGGCUCAGCAGUCAGGUAUAUUUCCUCCAAAGAUGCCAUUACAGUUCAAUAAUCCUCAUCAAAUGCCAGAUCCUCAGCAAUUACACCAAGCAGCCAUCCAAGGGCAAAUGGGAAUGAGACCCAUUGGUGCCAACAAUGGCAUGCAUCCUAUGCAUCCUGAGGCAACACAUGGAAGCAGUGGCCCCUCUGCAACUGCAGGCUCAAAUGACCGUGGGGGAAACAAACAGGAUGCCCCUGAGGCAGGGGCCUUAGGCGCUGAUGGUCAAGGGAACCCAGGUGCUGGGCAUGGUGGUGGUGAUGGUGUUGAUGAUACAAAAUGACACUACCUCUUGGGUGGUUCUACAUGGGAUACUUUUGGCUGUUGAUAGUAGGCAUUGCUUAAAGUAGAACUGAUAGUGAUCAGUCACUAGGUUGAACAAAGAAUUGAAUGUUUCUUGUUUCCUUUAGUUUUGACAGAUUAGGUUAGGUGAGUUGUAAGAUUCUGGGUAUGCCAAAGAAUCAAAUGGAAACCAGCAGUGAGACAAGGACAGCUGUAGAUUGUGGAAGGGGUGAAAGUUGCGCCCUUCUAAUUGUAUGCGGUUUUGUAAUGGCGCGAAAACGCAGAGUGGUGGUUUAGAAUUAUUUUGAUCUCAAAAAUGUUCGAUGCCCCUUGAUAUCUAA